CAAUGCUAGGAGUGAGCGAGCGCCCUGUGGUAAGAUGGCCGCCAAAAUGCAGACGUGCAAUUGGCCAGCAGCGCGGGCGAGCCAUCUAGCCUUUAUACAUAUCUAUGGUAUCAACUACAACCGAAUUUUUACCAUAUUUUUACACGGUUUGGUUACACGUUAGUUACGAUGACAUAAUAUUAUAAAUGGUAAAAUAAACAAAAUUAUUGUUCAAUCUUACUUGUGAAAGGUAAUCCCAUGCGAUUUGAUAUCAAUAGUGCGCCGAUUAUUGCAACCGUAAGCUGCACAAAAUACGGGCAUAGUUGCUCGUUCUCCGUUGAGUGAGCAGACCCAAUCAAUAUGGCGGCGACGCUGGAUUACGUUCCAGCACGUCAUGAGGCGUUUGACGUCAUGACAUUCGCUCCUGCUAAUCGUGUCAUGGAGGACAGCGAGCUGAUUCUGCAAAAAGCACAUGAUGAGUUUAACAGUAAAAAUUAUGCACGAGCAGAGGAAUUAUACACACAGUUCAUUGAGUCCUGCACCAAAACGAGAAAGUGCAAUGCUCUUAAUUUGGCCGUCGCCUAUAAUAACCGAGGGCAGGUGAAGUAUUUCAGGGUGGAUUUCUAUGAAGCUAUGGACGAUUACACCUCUGCCAUUCAAACCAACAGCCGGUUUGAAGUACCAUUUUAUAACAGGGGACUAAUACGUUACAGAUUGGGAUUUUUCAAGGAGGCUGAAACUGACUUUCGGAAAACUCUGGAGCUAAAUCCUGAUUUUGAAGAUGCUAAAGAAAGUUUACGACAGACACUUUUGGACAGUGAAGAAAAGUUGAAAAGAGGCUACUGAUGCAAGCAUGUCUCAAAUGGCCAUGCACAUGAUGCAAAGUAAGGAUACACUGAUGUGUUUGGAAGUGUUUUUUUUUUUUACACAAAAUAUGUUUUUUACGAUUGAUGUUCGUGUGUCAAUUUGACCCAUAUUUUUUGCUCCA